AUGACCAUCGAUUUCGACCUCGGUACGCCCCUCCCCGCUCCAACAUCUUUCUUACCCUCAGUGAAAGCCAUCCCGAAAUGCUCGACUGAGCGGCUAGUACAGUCGUUGGAAUAUCUUCGCCGGGUUUACUUACCGGACGUGCGGGGUACGAGGCGUGUCAAGGCGGUAGACGAAGAGCUCGAGUCCUUACGAACGGAUGCUUUCGAACGAUCGUACGCUACCCGCUGGUUAACUUCCCUCGUCGACUCUAUCGAUUAUGAAUCCGUCAUCCAACUCGCCGCGUCUAUCCUUGCUGUCUGUGCUGGUACGGCUGCCGCAGGCGCGGUCACUCGGACGCACGCGUUUGAUCAUGAAGGCUCGGGCGCGGUUAUGAUCAGGCUAAAGGACGCGCCGUUGGAGAAUGGGGAUUAUGGCACGGUCGGGGCGCAGACGUGGGGGAGCGCGUGUGUGAUGUCGGAGAUGAUCGUGGAGAUGCCGGAGGAGUUUGGACUCGGGCCUGGAGGGCAUGAGCGACGACGGGUAGAGGCAGUGGGUUUAGAUGAUGAUGGUGAGCGCACGAGCAGGAGGCUGAGAGUGCUGGAGCUGGGCGCGGGGACGGGAUUAGUCAGUUUGACGGCGGGGAAGUUUUUGGAAGGAAAAGCGGAGGAGUUUGGGUACGAUGAGGUCGAGGUCGUCGCGUCUGAUUUUCAUCCUUCUAUCCUCUCGAAUCUUCGUACCAACGUCGUCGCCAACUUCCCUCCGCCUUCCUCGCCAUCGCUACCGUCAUCCUCUUCCGUGUCGAUUUCGGCCCAUCGCCUCGAUUGGUCCGAAGCAGCCAACAGCACGAACGCUCUCUCGCCUCCUUUCGACGAGCCUUUCGAUCUUAUACUUGGAGCCGAUAUUAUUUACGAACUAGAACACGCAUUAUGGAUCAAAACGUGUCUCGAAAAGCUUCUGCGACGACCAUCGUCCUCCGCACCCUCGGAUACGUCUAUAGACCAAAAAGAUCACUCAGGAGCUCACUUUCAUCUCAUGAUCCCCCUCCGCAGAACGCACACGCUCGAAUCCAGCACCAUCGAGCAAGUCUUUCCAUAUUUAACUGCGGGGCACUCCACAGACCAUACCGACCCAGCUGGCCCUCGCUUGUAUAUCACGAAGAAAGAAGUCGUGCUCUGCGAGGAACAGGCGUCGGAGAGGAGGGGAUGGAGGGAUGGGGCGGGAGAGGUGGAAUAUGCUUAUUACGUGAUAGAGUGGGUGGGUUAGAACCUAGACAUGCAGACGCUCAUCGAACGGCGAAACCGGAUUGUUCGGACCUGGCUAGCGGCUGGCUGGACGGAUGGUGGAUUUCAUAGAUGAAGGAAAGGAAGGGGGCUGCUUCACCUUCCGUGCGUUGUUCUCGUAUGUGGGUCGUGUUUCGUUAAUUUUUACGUGGUCCGACUGGCGUUCUGUCAUAGACGUGCUGCUGAC